AUGGAGGCUCCGCUCCUCCUCGGGGCGCUGCUGUGCGCUUGGCUGCCUCCGGCCCUAUUGCCAUGGGGCGCCCGGGCGCAGCUCCCCGUCGGCGGGGAACUACAUGUCCCCAGCACAGGCAGCGCCGCGCGAGCGGGGAGCGGGAACGGCCUCGCCCCGCAGCCGCAGGAGCCUGGGAUGGCAGUUCAUAAUGCGUCAUCUACUAUAUCUCAGAACAGAAGAGUUCACAGUGUGAAAUGUGGACCAUCUAGUUCAUUUACAUGUUUUAAUGGAGGUGAGUGUGUCUACAGAGGGCUGUGCAACUGCAGUCGCUUUAAUGCAACAGGACCAAGAUGCCAGACAGUAUAUAAUACAGGUGCUGAACGAGAUCACAUAUGCAGAACAUGGGGUCAAUACAAUUUUGAAACUUUUGAUGGACUCUAUUAUUAUUUCCCUGGGAAGUCCACAUAUGCCCUUGUGAGACAUACUGAAUUAGAUGAACAGAGUUUUUCCAUCCAGGUGAAUAAUGAUCCUGAGUGCCGUUUUUCUCCUUACUUCUGCAAAAGGUCUAUCAGUUUAUUCUUUUCUGGAGAUGAACAGAUAGAGAUGAGCAGUGAAGUCACUUACAAAGGAUUUGGAGUGAAGUUGCCUCAUACUGUUGGAAACUUGCACAUCCAGAAGUUAGCUGGAUAUUUCCUAGUGAGGCAUCAAUAUGCCUUUACUCUGGCUUGGGAUGGUAAGUCUGCAGUGUACAUCAAAAUGGCACCAGAAUACCUGGGCAAAACGCAUGGACUGUGUGGAAACAAUAAUGCUGUCCUGCAGGAUGAUCUUGAAACUAGUUAUGGAAAACUGACAGAUGAUGUAACAGAAUUUGCUGAGAGCUGGCAGGAAAAUCCUCCACGAGGAACAGUGAAUUGGGAUAAAUCUAUUUUCAGUGAACCACCCUGUCUGACACAAAGCCAUGAAUCUCUUCAGAAAGCAUACACUCUGUGUGAUAUCCUGUUACAUCCCCCAUUUGAACAAUGCCAUGAAUAUGUGAGUCCUCUUCCUUUUAUGGCAAGCUGCACCAAUGAUCUCUGCAUGUCAGCAGUUGAUAAUGCAACCUGGUGUCGAGCAUUAACUGAAUAUGCCAGAGCCUGUGCCCAGUCAGGAAAGCCACUUCAUGGAUGGAGAAUGCAUUUUCAGCAGUGUGUGAUUACCUGUCCUGAACCCUUGACCUAUAAUGAAUGCAUCAACUGUUGCCCUGCUUCAUGUCACCAGCAGUCACAGUGUAUUGGCAGUGAGCUUCCCUGCAUUGACGGAUGCUACUGUCCAGAUGGUUUGAUUUAUGAAAAUGAAUUGUGUGUCAAGCCUAUGGACUGUCCUUGUGACUACCAUGGAAGCUCCUUUGAAAUGGGUUCAGUGGUUUAUGAGGAAUGUAAUAACUGCACGUGCAUUGGAGGAAAGUGGAUUUGUACAAAUCUGACAUGUCCAGCUGAAUGCUCUGUCUCAGGAGACAUUCAUUUCAUGACCUUUGAUGGGCGCAAAUACACAUUUCAAGCCACCUGCCAGUAUAUUUUAGCCAAAAGCCGUACAUCUGGAGCAUUUACCAUAUCCCUGCAAAAUGCUCCUUGUGGCCAGAACCAGGAUGGAUCAUGUAUCCAAUCAAUCAGCCUCAUCCUUAAGCAGGACUCCAAGAGGCAAGUGACUCUGACUCAUUCAGGAGAUGUUUUGGUAUAUGACCAGUACAAAAUUAACCUGCCUUAUGCAGAUGAAUUACUUGAAAUACGGAAACUCUCCUCUGUGUUCCUUCAAGUAAAGACACACAUUGGAUUACAGAUACUGUAUGACAGAGAAGGACUGAGGCUUUACCUUCAAGCUGAUGAAAGGUGGAAAGAUGACACCGUGGGCCUUUGUGGAACCUUCAAUGGAAAUACUGAGGAUGAUUUUUUAUCUCCAGUUGGAGUAACUGAAAGCACUCCAGAGCUGUUUGGAAACACAUGGAGAACUUCAUCAGCCUGCAUUCUUGUGCAUGAUAAUUCACAAAUGGAUCCCUGUGAUGUUCAUCUGCAGGCAGCCUCUUAUGCAGCAGAAGCUUGUAGCAUCCUUACGAAAGAACUUUUUGCUCCGUGCUACCCCUAUUUGAGUCCUGUUCCCUAUUUUGAGCAGUGCAGAAGAGACACUUGCAAGUGUGGACAGCAUUGUUUUUGCUCUGCUCUGGCCCAUUAUGCUCAUCACUGUCGAAGAUUUGGAGUUGUAAUAGAUUUCAGAGGAGGUGUCCCAGACUGUGCUCUUUCAUGUGAUGAUACAAAGGAGUACAGUACUUGUGUAUCUACCUGUGGCAGAACCUGCCAAGCCCUCUCUGUGCCAGAGACAUGCAGCAGUGAUUGUGUUGAAGGCUGUGCUUGUCCCUCUGGAAUGUAUUUGGAUUCCAAGACUGAACGAUGUGUACAGAGAAGUGAAUGCCCGUGUUAUUUUCAAGGAAUUGACUAUCCCCCUGGAGAAAAUGUUAUGAUAUCAUUAGGCAAAUGCCAUUGCAAGGAUGGAGUAAUGAAUUGUGAUAGCAGCAUGAUAGCACAUAGCUGCCCAGUUGGACAGAUUUAUAUAAACUGCAGCAAUCCACAAGUUGAUUCUGAACUCAGCAGAGAGAGAACUUGUGAGAAUCAGCUUCUGAACAUCACUUUCUCAGCACACCUUCCUUGUGUUUCAGGUUGUGUCUGCCCACUGGGGCUUGUUAAACAUGGGGAUAUGUGUUUGGAAGCAGAGGAAUGUCCAUGUUCAUGGAAAGGAAAGGAAUACUUUCCAGGUGACAAAGUAAUUUCUUCCUGUCAUACAUGCAUUUGCCAGCGUGGAUCCUUUCAAUGCACUUUCCAUCCUUGCCCAUCCAUGUGCACUGCAUACGGGGAUCGACAUUACAGAACCUUUGAUGGAUUAACAUUUGACUUUGUUGGGACCUGUAAGGUUUACCUAGUUAAGGGUACUUCUUCAACCAGUUUUUCUGUUAUUAUAGAGAAUAUUAACUGCUUUAAUACUGGAAUCAUUUGCAGAAAAAACAUUUUCAUUAACGUUGGAAAAUCUUUUUUAAUAUUUGAUGAUGACACUGGAAAUCCAAGUUUAUCUAGUUACAUGGACAAACUACAAAAAAUGCAGUUGUGGAAAGCUGGAUUUUUCACAGUUGUUCAUUUUCCCGAUGAGCACAUUACCAUUCUCUGGGAUCAAAGAACAACAAUUCAUGUACAGAUGGGUCAUCAGUGGCAGGGUGAAUUGAGUGGAUUAUGUGGAAAUUUUGAUUUGAAGACCAUAAAUGAAUUGAGGACUCCAGAUAAUUUUGAGUUAACAAACUCACAAGAGUUUGGAAACAGCUGGACAGCUGUGGAGUGUGUUGACAGCUCUGACAUUCGAAAUCCGUGCAGUUUGAAUCCUCUUAGGGAGCCGUUUGCCAAGAAGGAAUGUGGAAUACUGUUAAGUGAAGCAUUUGAAGCUUGCCAUCCAGUGAUUGAUGUCACCUGGUUUUAUUCCAACUGCUUGACAGAUACAUGUGGUUGUAACCAAGGAGGUGACUGUGAGUGUUUCUGUACGAGUGUAUCAGCAUAUGCCCAUCAGUGUUGCCAGCAUGGAGUUGCUGUAGACUGGAGGUCCCCUCGAGUGUGUCCUUAUGACUGUGAAUAUUUCAACAAAGCUCUGGGAAAGGGCCCAUAUAAACUGGUCAGCUAUUUGGAUGGAGCAUUUGUAGUGGCAGUGAAACUGGUAGAUGGUGUUGUUUUCCCAGUGAGAGAAGAAGAUAUUGUUCCUGGACAUGCAGAGAGCUUUAUGAUGACUUCAGGACUUUAUAAACCCAAAGCACAUGAUUCCAACUUGAUUUCAUUUGAAGCUGCUGAGAAACCAAACUAUUUUCUUCAGUUGGCCUCAAAUAAUACUCUUGUUCUUUCUAAGUGGGAGAAAAGCGAAGAGUUUCACAACAGAUCUACAUUUGUCAUUCACAAGAAUACAUGGCUUUCAGGGUACAGUUCCUUUGAGUCCUUUGCAAAACCAGGAUACUUCAUUCAGAUCUCAGCCACUUCAGUUGAGCUUUCAAAGUACCAUCAUUCCGAGGAGUUCAGACUGUCAACCCUUUUUAAACUUACAGAUGUCAAAUUGAAAUUUUCAUCCCGUUCUGCAUGUGAAUGGCAUUAUGAUGCCUGUACAAGCCCCUGUUUCAAGACGUGCAGGGACCCAUUGGGAAAAACCUGUCAGGCAGUACCAAAAGUGGAAGGAUGUGUCCCUGCCUGUCCUCUCAAUAUGUUGCUGGAUGAAGUCACUCAAAGAUGCGUGUAUUUUGAAGACUGCAUUGAACCUGCAGGUGAUAGCCAGCCUUUGUCACCCAGCAUUCAAACACCAGCAGUUUCACACACUGAACCAAGUACGAGUUUGGCAGCAAUCAGUGAAGCAAUAACUUCAGUUUCUGUACAUGAAGCAAAGGAUGUAGAAACAGCACUUGCUUCAACUCAAUUUUCAGCUUUUACAUCUAGCACAGCACUCCCAGCCAUAACUUUAUCACCACAUAUUUCUUCACAAUCAACAGAAAUGACAUCAAGGAGAACCACUACAGCAAUGUCCAGGACAACAGAAUUUAAUGUAAGCUUAUCUUCUCCUGCUGAUAUUUCUCCAUUGUUUCCAUCUGCUGUCAGUUCAGACACUUCCACAAAGAUGCAGCUGAUAAGUAGUGGUUCCACUAAGUUGCUGAGGGCUACAGAACCUCAAAUGGCAACUGCUACACAUGCAGUCACUACAAGCACAGAAUCAGAAAGCAAAACAUUUUCUACUUCUGUUUUUACUGGGACACCACUUAUUCUUAAAACAACAGACUUGUCAGUCAAAACUAAAAUGAUAGAAAUAUCAGAAAUAGCCACAGGAGCACCUCCCACAAGAGAAGCACAAGUAAAACCAGAAGAACUUACAACAUUUGCAUCCAGUUCAUUUGAAGCAAUAACAGAAAAAACUGCUGUUUAUUUGCCCCAGUUUUCCACCCCACCACCUCCAGGUAUGAUUUCAUACCCCCCACCAGCAAACCUAACAGGAACUACAGGAGAGACAAAAGAAAGCAUAGUGCAGUCUUCUACCAGGGUAGCCAAUGUCUCAGUAGCAUCAUUUCCUCCUGUGAUCACCACUUCAUCUUUGUUAAAACCAGCAUCUUCAGCAACAACAAAAGUAUCAAUUGUUUCAACUGAACAAAGUGUGAAGACCACAUUUUCACCAACACCCACCACAUCUAUUUCAUUAGGAAAGACGAUCACAGAAGCUCCUCUUGAAAUGGUUCAGCAGCUGACUGGGACUGCAGGAAUACCUUUCACUACAGUGCUACAUCCAAAGGCAACAGUUCUGCAGACUCAAGAAAGGCCAUCAGGAACAACUUUAUCACCAUUUACAACACAUAAAAAAGAAACUCCCAAGACAGCAUCUCGUGUGGACCAUGUGUCAAGUUCCUAUUUCCCUCCAUAUUCCCUACAUCCUAGUUCUACAACUGAAACAUCCAUUACUCUUUCUACAGAGAGCCCUGUUCCGGCUCCUGCUUCUCCAGCUUCAGGUGAACUAAAAAAAACAUUUAAAACUGUUUCAACUACAGGAUAUCCCUCAUACAUUUUUCUAAGCACAACAGGGUUCCUGACCACAUUAAGCACUAAAUAUCCUGUUGUGGCUGAGACUGUCAGAGUGACACCUUUGUCUUAUGAUGUAACAUCCCAAGUAACAUCACCUCUUGAUAUAGCAGCAAAGUUGACGGAAAUACCUACUGAAUAUGUGUCAGCUCUGGUUUCAAGAACAGUGAAGACAAGCACUUCAGCAUAUUCAGGUAGUGUUACCACAUCAGCACUGAAAACCUCUCUCUCAUCAGAAGAAGCCACCAGAGUUCCUUUUGUAGAUGCAGAAAGAGAGUCAGCUCAAAGAACAUCCAUCACUGUAUCUCCACUUACUCUCCUUAGUGGAAUUGAAACCACACUGAUGACAACACAGCCUGAUAAAUCACAAGCAGAAGAUAUUACUAGCAUCUCUUCUAAAAGGCCACCUGCUUUCCCUUUUUCACCAUCAAGUUCUCUAUUCUCUUUAAAUGUUUCUCUUCCUUCACUACCCUCAUAUGGAAAAGAAACAUCACUGACAGCUCUUAGUCCUGUGCCUGCAUCUCACGAAAUGAUCUCUUUAUAUCCAAGAACAACUAGAGAAAAAUCUAUGUUACCAACAGAAAAGACCUCUCCAGUCCUGAAUUUCUCUUCCUUAUCCACUAUAACAGAACAACCAGGUCCAAAAACAACAGCAUCACUUGACAGAUCACCAGGCAAAGCCAUUCUAAAUAUCACUUAUGCCACAAUAUCUCCAUCCUCCAAACUCAGCAGUGAGCUCAUAACAACUGAAAAAGCAAUGGCAGCCAGAGAAAAAUCAACUCUGCCCCCUUCUGUUGUACUUCCAGUAACAAAGUCUUACAGUUUUUCCACCUCUCAGUAUACAACAGGUAAAUCAUCUUCUUCACCUUCUUCAGCACAAAUAACACCAGAAGUAACAACCACAUCAAAAUACCCAGCAGAAACUGAAACAGCCUUGAAAUCUACAGACCGAAGUGUAACAGAAAAAGGAAAACUUACAGCAGCUGCAGCUCCAUCUUCCUUUCCUCUGUCUUCAGUAGGUUCCUUCUCUUGGCAGUCAUCUUCAGGAGAUAAACUUCCAGUACAGACUACAGCUACACAGAAGGACAUGGAACUUGGUAGUCAGACUUCUGAGUCUUUGUUGACAAGCCAAAGCAGUGUCCCAGUUUACCACUACCCUGCAGAAACUCUAAGAAUAUCCACUGCUCAGCCUCAACACGUCUUUAGUGCAACUGAAGCUACAUCAGAAUUGACUUCUUCAACCCACUUAAUCACCCCACGGCCUGAAGGCAUUCAUUCAAGUGUACUGCCUCCCUCAGAAGGUCCUACACGAGCUAUUUUACCAACUGUAAAAGAUCUGCAUUUAACUGAUUCAGUGAGGCAGCCAUAUCCAUCAAAAACAUCUGCUUUGCCAUCUACAGUCCCAACAACCACUUACUUAAUUUUUGGCACCGGAAUUCUCUCUUCCCCACCAGAAGUGCUUUCAGCUUCCUCUUCUGCAGCACCAACUAAAAAAGACUCAUUUGAUUCAUUUUCCACACAAAAGACAGGUACUGGUCUAAAAUUUACAGGGCACACAUCCUUUACUCUUGGUUCAAAUCAAACAUUUGAAACUACUACAGCUUCAUCAGAAUCUAAGCCAACCACUUCCUCAGUUUUUCUACCUGAAACAACAGAAAUUCCCUUCAUGACAGGGAAUGGGCCAUUCACAUCAACAAGGAGAAUUGGUACAGAGGAAACUGUGGUGUUGCCUCAGCAAGUCACACUUUCAACCAGUGCCUCCAGUACCAUGUUUUUAGCAAGUACAAUGUUGUCAGCUACAGCCCGUUCAUCAGCUUCAGCCUCUUCAAUCCUAAGCAGUCCUGGGAAAAAUAUUAGUAUUGUCUCAGCAGCUUCAGACCAAGCAGAAUCCAUCACAAGCUCUGUGACUCCCACCUAUUUUUCUGUUACUUCAGAAGCGAAAGGAGCUGUUCCUAUCGACACAGUUAAAUCUGCAGAGCCAGAAUUUAGAACAGAAGUCCAAGCUGUCCAUGCUCCAGGUGCUGCUGUUACCCCAGAAACACCUCAGAUGCUUUACUCUCAGUAUUCUACAAACACAACUGCAGUGCCUUCUAAUGUAAGUGUAUCAGCACUGCCCACUGUACGUUCAUCAUCUGAAUCAAAACCUUUUUCUUCUAUAGCUGUACCACUGGUCAGUACUACUCAAACUUCAAAAUCUGAAAUAUCAUCUGAGAUACAAACACCUUCUGCAAGUUCUCUGAUAUCUGACCAUCCAAAUGACACAACAGCUCCAUUGGUUUCAUCAUUUGCCUAUUUAUCUACCAAACCACUUCAUGGCAUGACUACACCAUUUUCUGAUGGACUAACUGUGCCAGGAGUCACAGGAUCACCUUUUAUGUUACCUAGAGGAACAACAGCUCUACAAACUUGUACACCAAUCACAGAGAAUGAGUGCAUAAAGUACAUUUGCUUGGAUGGACAACUGAUCCAGGUUAAUACCUCACAGAACUGCCCAUACAAUGCGACUCAGCCCAGCUGUGGAGUUUUAGGAUUUGCUACUCAAAUGAACGGUGACAAAUGCUGCCCAAAGUGGGAAUGUGCUUGUCGUUGCACAAUUUUCUCUGAUCUGAGCAUUGUAACCUAUGAUGGAAAUCAUCUGGCUUUAUACAAAGAAGCAUCUUACAUUGUUAGUCAAACUCAAGAUGAAACUAUAACCAUCCAUGUCCUUGACUGUAGAAUGAGUAAUUCAAGUUCAGCUUCCUUGUGUCUGGCAAUGUUGAAUCUAACUUAUGUAUCAAAUCAAAUUAUUAUCAAUCGUUUAAGUAGAAAAGUAACAGUAAAUUCAAGAUUUGCCUGGCCUACUAUUAAAAAAUACGGAUACAAAGUCAAGGAUUCAGGCUUCAAAUAUGAAGUUGAGACACCAACAGAAAUCAAAAUUCAGUGGUUUCAUUACACAGGUGUGAUGAUUAUUGAAUUUAAUAGAACCAAAGAACCAAAAGCUCUGGGACUAUGUGGUUUUUGUGAUAGAAGCUCAGAGAAUGACCUGAUGCUACCCAAUGGGACAGUUCUAAGCAUAAGCAGUGCUCCCUCCACCUUUAUAGACAGCUGGCAAGUGCCAGACACGUUAAAGUAUGUUGGAGAAGACAGGCACCAGGAAACUAAUUGCUCAGUUGUGGACUGCUCAGAGUGCUUCAGAAUGGUGUUGAACCAGACCUUCAGCAGCUGUCAUCCUUAUGUUCCUCCUGAGCUAUUUUGUGAAAUAUGGGUUCAAGACACCAAGUACAUACAAAAUCCAUGCAUCUCAUUAGCUGCCUAUGUGGCAAUGUGCAACAAAUUUAAUAUUUGUAUAGAAUGGAGGAGCUCUGAUUACUGCCCUUUCCUCUGCUCUGAAAACUUCUCCUAUCAGGCUUGUAUAGCUGCCUGUGAGGUUCCAGAGAGCUGUCAGGAUAACGAGGUUGCUUCUCUGGGCUCAGACUCCUGCUCCUUGUUGACAGAAGGCUGUGUCUGUGCUGAAGGGACCAUCCUUCACCGAACUCACACUGCUCUCUGUAUUCCUGAAGAAAAAUGUGCUUGUACAGACAGCUCAGGAGCACCUCAUGCUGUAGGUGAGAUGUGGAAAACUUCUUUAAAUGGAUGCUGCAUGCAAAAAUGUGUUGACAGUGAGACCAUUAUUCCAGUGGAGUACAACUGCUCAGAGAGCCAUGAGCUGGAGUGUCAGCGAUUUGCAGAAGUUGCCUUGCUUUUUCCAGAUGAUCAGACAUGUUGUCCUCAAAAGAUCUGUAUUUGUAAUCAGAGCCUCUGUGAUGCCCUAAAACCUGAGUGUAAUGACUUGGAAAAGCUUGUCACUUACUACAAUGAAGAAUCCUGUUGUCCUCACUAUGUUUGUGAAUGUGAUCCAGCAAAAUGUGAACCAAUGGAGCAAACGCCAAGUUGUCGAGAUGAUCAAACACUAAUUGCUGCUCGGGUGGAGAGUACCUGCUGCAUUUCCUAUAUAUGUGCAUGUGAGGCUUGCUCUGAUCAAAUACCCAAAUGUCAAGAAGGAGAAGUUCUUGUUGUGGAUAGCAACACCACAGAGAGGUGUUGCCCUACUUACCAGUGUAUUUGUGAAUUACAUCGUUGUCCUGAAUUCAGAUGCAUGCUGGGCAUGUCUUUGGUGGAGGUGUGGAGCCCAGAGAAGUGCUGCCCCUUUCGGACAUGUGAAUGUGCCUGUGAAACAAUCCCCAAACCUCAGUGCGAACUGGGGCAGAAACUUCAGAUAGAUGAACAGUUUCAGAACAGUACAGAAAAUACCUGCAACUGCAUUAAGUACAAAUGUGUGAGAGACAAAGUUUGCCUGAGUAAUGAGAGGGGUGUGCUGCUUCCUGGACAGACAAUUGUGGAACACAGUGCAGAUGGCAUUUGCCAUGUUUCUUAUUGUACAAAUGUGAUUGAUCCCUCCACUAAAUACUACCAGAUAAACACAUCUUCAAUUGACUGUGCUGUCAAGUGCAAAGCUAACCAAGUCUAUCAGCCUCCAAAAGAUUUAACAACUUGUUGUGGUAGCUGUAAGAACUUGUCUUGUCUCCACACUUUCAGCAAUGGCACAGUUUCCAGUUUCAAGCCUGGGACUGUUUGGAUUUCAAACUGCAUCAGAUAUGAAUGCACUAACACAGCAAUAGGACCAGUUCUGGUUUCCUCUUCUGUUGGAUGCCCACCCUUUAAUGAAACUGAGUGUGUCAAGGUUGGAGGCUAUGUUGUGCCAUUCUUAGAAGGAUGCUGCAAAACAUGUAAGGAAGAUGGAAAGUUCUGUAAAAAGGUGACUGUAAGGAUGACUAUCCGAAAGAAUGACUGCAGGAGUAACACACCAGUGAACAUUGUUUCAUGUGAUGGAAAGUGCCCAUCUGCAAGCAUUUACAACUACAACAUCAACACAUAUGCAAGAUUCUGCAAAUGCUGCAGGGAGCUUGGGCUACAGAGGCGAAGUGUGCAAUUGUAUUGCACCAGCAAUUCAACCUGGGUCACCUAUUCAAUCCAGGAGCCUACAGAUUGUUCUUGCCAAUGGUCUUAA